UAUGGCGCACAAGUUGACAAAGCUUUGACAGUUUACAUUGAUGAAAUUUCGUUAAAAUUUAUUAUUUCUUUUACAUGACAAUGAAUACGUUACCAAAUUUUUGUCGAGUAUGUCUGAAGUAUGAUAAAAACCUAAUAGAUUUGGCCCACAUUGAGAAUGAACCGAGUGAAACUUUGAUGAGCAAGUUGCAACUUUGUGUAUCUGAAGUGGAAUGGACCGUUUUCAAACCCUUAUUGUGUCACCCAUGCAUCAAGAGAUUGAAUAUAGCAUACAGUUUUAAAAAACAAUGUGUCCAAUCUGCAGGUGUAUUAAAAAACUAUGUGGAAUUAGUGAAAGAAUCUCAAAAGAAAAACGAAUCUCAAAGUGCAGUUAAAGGUGAAAACGCAAUUCCCACAACAGGAGGUGCAUAUAUGCUUCUCCCAAACCAAAAGUAUGUUAAAAUUUUAGUUGGUUCACAAAAUCAGGGUACUAAUACUUUUCAAAACGUAUUUCUAAAUUUGAUACCUGCAACUACACUUAAUUCUGUAACACCCUCAGACAGCUCGAACACUUCAAAAAGCAAAGAUACCAACCAAAAUGUAUUUUUAAAUCUAAACAAUACUUUUCAAAAAUUUAUUCCUUUAGCUCCUCCUGUUGACCCUCCUAAAAAAACAGAUACCCCAAAGCCUUUAAAUGUGAACGUUAAUCAGUUACUGACGGAAAGCAAAAGUGAAGAAUUGAGUGUGGAAAUUGACCCCACAGUUUUUGGAUUGGAAGAGGAAGAAGACAGCAACGAGGAAGAGGAAAAUAACGAUUAUGACGAGGUUAUUUCCCAGGCAAAAAUCACGUUGAAAGAUUUGAAGUCCAACGGCGAGAGGAUUCAGAAUGGAAAGGACGACCACAAAUACUAUGUUCCUAUACUCCCCAAACAUCAGCAGGAUGAUUUUCUCACGUCGGGCCAGCACUUCUUAUUCAGUUCUUCGGAAAACACUGGCGCAUUUGUUUGUGAAUCAUGCCAAAAACCGUUUACGUCUAAAAAACUACUUAAAUCGCACAUAAAAGACUUUCAUUUGGGCAAAAUGCCUUUUAAAUGUGAAUACUGUUACAUGGAGUUCGCCACAAGAUCCGAGUACGACUUCUGCGUCAAGACCCACAAGAUAGAUUCCGAUGCCUUAAAUAAAUCCCUCACGUUACGCGACUUUGCUAAUACCUCCAACAAUUCCCAGAACCUGAGCAUCGGGAACUUGUCGCAAUCCGAGGUAGAAGCCAAUGUGUCUGUUUCAGAAAACGGGGAGUACAUAUGCGACGUUUGCCACAGGCCGUUCAACAGCUCCACCGGUUUACUCCGACACAAAGUACGUAAGCACAACCAGAAGAAUAAGAAGAAAUACUUCAUAAAGGGCAUGAAGAACGCAAAAUGCGAUAUAUGCAACCGAGAAUUCUCAACGCAGUCGUACAUGCAGCUGCAUAGGAAGCUGCACUUGAGGGACGACAUCGGCUAUAAGUACAAAGUCUUUGGGAAGAGCAAGUACGGCGACACCGAGACCUUGAUAAAGGAAGAAAAAGGAAAGGAAGAGAACACUCAGAAGAAGAGCGAAGACGAAAAGGAGGAUUCAGAUGUUAAACCAGACAUCGAACAGAACGGAGAGCGGAUAAAGAACGAAGAGGACAGCAAUUCCGAAGACGCCGAUCAUAAAGACGAGAAACCAGAUGAAAGUGACGCCCAGAGUGUCAGCGUCAAGAUGGAAGUCGAGGAAAAUUCUGAUCACGAGGAAGAGGACUCGAACAACCCCGAGAUAGAGGAGAACUCCAGCCAGAAUUCGAGUCAGGGGGAGAACCAUGACACGGACGAGCCGAUGAGCGAAGAGAAUUAGUCUGCAAGGGGGAUAGACUUAUAGGUGAGACUAUUAGAUCAGCACUAUGCUAGGUAUCUUUUCUUUCUGUGGAGUGUACUGGAUUCGCGAUACAAGGUGACCCAAAAAUUUACCAAAGUUCCGUGAGUUCUCGUGUGACUGCGGAAGUAUAUUUUUAGAAGCGAAAACGGGGAAACUACGGGUCCGCAGUCCAAACGUUCUUUGUGGUUUGUUUAAUUUGGAUCGGUUCAGAUACCGUUUUCUCACAAAUAGCUUGGCGGGUGGAUAAUAGUAAUACCGCGUUAUUUGUCUUUUUUAUCAGCCUCUUAAAAAUGUAAAUAUUGUAAAGCAUGUUUUUAAACGAUACUAACGCGGAAAAUGUUAUGGUUAAUGUUGGUACCAAUUUUGAUACUGAAUUAAGUAAGAGGCAGAGAAAUUUCACCACUGGGAGGUAUUUGGGAUUUUUUUUUCGUAAAUUUAACUCUGAACUUUGUUUUUUGUAUGUUUCCCUGAUUGUAGUUUUAAAGAAAAAGUUUUUAUAGUGUAGGUAUGCAUUUUGCCCCAAAUACGCCCUGCCUUAGAGUGACAGGUGACAUUUUUCACACCUUGUAUAGCGAUUUCUCCCCGUAGUUGUAAAUAUCAGUUUGACAAAUCAUCGCAUCCAGUUAUUGGUUUAGCAGUCUUAUUUAAAUGUAAGUGCGAUCCGCGCACGUUAUUGAGAACACGGAGUGCGGUGUAAGGGUUGAUAUUUAUUUUUUCUUCCCUGUAUUUAUUCCAAGAAAAAAUGAUAUUCGUAUUUCAUUUUGUACUGAACUCCAUUGCACAUUUUGAGUAUGUAGAUUUAUUUAGGCCACUUCCUCAUUGUUUUUCUCUAAGGUAAGCUUAUUUUAUCGUAUGAUUAAGGUUUUAUAUACAUACAUACAUUAUAGUUUUUAAGACAGAUCCCCAUUACAUGUUUUGUAUAUAUUUUACUUUUCGCUUGUCUCUUCUCGAGGUGUCAACUAAACAGUUAGAAAUAAGCAGGAAAUGUGUACAGGCUGUCCCGGAAAGCGUUUCGUUACCUUAACGCAAGUCCCGUUUAUUUUUCCGCUUCUUUUGUGUCCUUGAAUUUUAUCUCGGUACUUGGAAACAGCCUAAAAAUGCAUGCAGCCUGUGUACAUCGUCAUAUUUGUAUGUUUUUCUAUAUAUUUAGAUAACAAGUAUUUACACUGAUAUCAGGAUAUUUUUUUUUAAGUGAAUGGAUGGUUUGCCGUGUAUUUAUUAUUGCCUAUUAUGAAAUUUCUCAAAUAUACUGUUAAUAGAUCGAAUAUUUUUUUAUGUGGCAAUAUUACAAGGUAGUGGUAAACAAAUUGUAUACCAUUUUUAUAACAAAAUAGUAUCGUAAUUACUUUGUUUUUCUGUAAGAGACGUUUAGUUUAUUGCUUUGAUGACUGGCUUUUUAGGUUUUUGUUUACAAAUACACCAUUUUCUACUUUUUAUAAUGUAAAAGCAGAUUUUUAUAUUUAAUAAUUAAAUAAUAUUAAGACAGUUACUAUUCACUACUUUUUAAUGUUGUUUAAGUUUCCAAACAGCAACUUUUACUCGUAAACUAAAAUUACCUGUUCAGUAGUAUUGAUACGUCUUUCCAAUUGUGUUGAACAAUAGGUGGGGAUUGUCAUAUGUUCACUUUGAAGGAAUAUACCCAGUUAUUGAAGCUACCGCCAAACGGUGCCCUCGAUUUUAAGAAUGCAGAUAUUUUUCAUCGUAAAAUGAGUAACGGACAUGAUUUCAUCACCAAAUUUCUUAAUGAAUCAUAUCCCGUAAUUAAUGCAACAAAAUUUGGUCAUAGAAACUUAAGACAAAUUUAGGCGACCCAUAUUUUUUCUUUUUACCAAGUGGCCUUCUCGUUCGAAGUUACGACAAUCACUAAAUUUGGUGUACAGGGGUUUUAUGACGUGGAAUCUGAUGGGGCACCCUCUUAAGACACUUUUUCGUGGGCCCCCUUGUGUUUGGAACCAAAAAAAAUUGGUCGCAAAUUUGAUUUUCUUAAA